AUGGGUUCCAAAACGCCAAAUGAACAUGAGCAAGGUCCAGGUGGAUCCUCGACUAAUGGUGCAAUUGCAAACAUUAAUCCUCCGAAGCCAGCAGCAGCGACUGGCUUGGUCUCUGGUGUGCUCGAAGGGCAAGAUGAAGGUGACGGCGAUGGCGAUGAAUCAGACCACCACGUUGGAUGCGACUUGAAGGCCGACAACAGCAAGACCAAGAAGAAGAGAAAGAACAACAAGAAGAAAAAGAAGGCGCCUGGAAAGGGUCAACAAACAGCACCCCCGAGGGUUGCGCUUGCCAAUAUUUUCCACGGUAACAAGUACCCCGAGGGCGAGAUUGUCGAGUACGCGAUCAGCGAUGACAAUCUCCAGAGAACAACCUCUGCGGAGCUUCGUCAUCAAGAUGCUAUCAAAAACAUGGACGAUGAAUUCUUGAGUGACUAUCGGAAGGCUGCAGAAGUUCAUCGUCAAGUUCGCCAAUACGUGCAAACAAUCGCCAAACCUGGCGUCACGAUGAGCCAGCUCGCCGACGAGAUUGAAGAAGGCGUACGAGCAUUGGUAGACCAUCAGGGCCUCGAGACUGGAGACGCACUCAAGGCUGGUAUGGGCUUUCCAACUGGGUUGUGCUUGAACAAUGUCGGUGCACACUGGACCCCUAAUCCUGGUGCCAAAGAGGUCGUGCUUCAAUACGAUGAUGUCUUGAAGGUGGACUUUGGUGUUCACGUAAACGGCAGAAUUGUCGACAGCGCGUUUACCGUAGCUUCUAAUCCUGUCUACGACAAUUUGCUGGCCGCCGUCAAAGAAGCCACCAAUACUGGACUCAAGGAAGCUGGCAUCGACGCCAGAAUCGACCAAAUCAGUGGAGACGUACAAGAAGUCAUGGAAAGUUACGAGGUCGAGCUGAACGGCAAGACCAUCCCUGUGAAAGCGGUCCAAAACAUCACUGGCCACAAUAUCUUGCGCUACAAGAUUCAUGGCGACAAGCAAGUCCCGUUCGUCAAGACUGAGACCAACCAACGCAUGGAAGAAGGCGAUAUCUUUGCCAUUGAAACCUUCGGCACCACUGGUAAUGGCUAUCUCACGGACGAUGUUGGUAUCUACGGAUAUGGUCGCAAUCAACAUGUCCGUCCUACUGGCCUACAAUUCGCAUCUGCAAAGUCGCUUCUGAAGACCAUCGACGAGAACUUUGGCACCUUGGUCUUCUCGAGGCGUUACCUCGAGCGUCUGGGAGUCAAAAACUACCAUCUAGGCAUGAAGUCACUCAUUGCUAGUGGCGUUGUCGAGGACUAUGCGCCUUUGGUCGAUAUACCAGGCUCUUAUAUAGCUCAGUUUGAGCAUACUGUCCUGCUCAGACCGAGUUGCAAAGAAGUAGUCUCUCGUGGAGAUGACUACUAG